AGGGGCGUGGAUUGGGCCGUUGGAGUUGGCUUCGGCCCAGCUUGGCAUCGACUUCGCAAGUAUUCGCCGCGUGGUGAUCACCGUCUCGUCAAUACGAUCGCAGCGUCAACGUCAUCAGAGCAGCAUCCGGAGCCCUAGUGGCACGAACCAUCGUACAAACGAUGGACGUUCAAACGGGUUAUCUUGUUGCACGAUUCGUACACAUCUCUAUAUACUCUCCGAACAAACGAUGACUCACUUACUUAUUAUGAUUCUUACUGCAGCUUGCGCAUGCAAUGUAAUUCAGGUGGUCGGCGUUCACGCCAACAAGAGAAGACCGAAACAUGGGCGCAGGGGCCAUGGACGCAGGAGCACGUCCAUGAGAGCCAUGCCGAGCCCUGAAGAUUUGUUUAAUAAUUGGUUGGAUACUCGUGUUGACGAUGUGAUGCUCCCCCCAAAUGACACUGGGGGACUCUCCACAUCUGAGACCACUCCUGGGAUGCUUCCCCCAGAUGACAGUGGUUUUGCCUCGGCCGCUCAUGGUGAUGGUGUUCCGGCCGCGCCUUCGCAGUUGCCUAGUGGUGCCUGUGGUCCGAUCUUAGUUGUCUACCUGACAUAUGGCAACCAAAAACCUACCAAGACGCUUGCGGAGGUUCAGGGCUUCUUCUGGAACGUUCCAACUACAACUUGUUUGACGAAUUUCAACAGUAUCCCUCCGUGGGAUAGGCCUCAAUGUUCUGGCUUCAACCACUCUCUUCACCACAAUUCUUGGGGGGUGGCUUGGCUUGAAUCUGCCGAUGUCGAUUUCUUCGAGAUGGAAUCAACUGAAGACCCUGCGAAUUGGCUCCAGGGAGGUUUCCCAGAUCUGACUGCAGUUGCAACCAGUGUUCAUAGUCAAGCAGCAUAUCAAACACAGUUCAGCACAAGGGCUUACAAGCAUACGAUGGUCAUUGGACCUGGGAGCACUUACGCGACCACUGCUUUCUAUCCGACCACCGAGUGGUACAGUGGGUUUUCCCAAUACUUCGGCAAUGCUGUUACUUGGCAGACGUUCUUUCACGAGAUAGGGCACAAUUGGGGCCUCAACCAUGCAGGAGGAUAUACUAGCGGGGGUACGUUCCAGGAGUACCAGGAUGAUGCGAUAAUGGGUUAUCAGCGGUCGUGGCGGCCUACAGACACCAACGUUGUUGCGCGCUAUAGGCUCGGUUGGAUUACAGGGGCCGAUAUAGUGGAGUUCAUUCGGGGGUCUGAUAGCAUUGCAGUCAACUUGUCUCCCCUCAAUGAGGGGCCGGAUGGGUCAGAGUCUUUGCUCAUGAAGAUCCCAUGCGAUGAAUGCGUAGGAAAUGUUGCGUCGACCACAAGUGUUGGUGCUCUCUACCUUUCCUUCCGUGUGGCCGACGCAGCAAGCUUUUACGGCGUUUCGGCUUCGCACACACAAAGUGGCCUCUAUGACAAAUAUUCUGGUUCACUUUUGGAAUUGGUUGACCGUGUCCAUGUGCAUUUCCAGCCCGAUGUCAGUUCGGCGACUGAGCUUUGGUCCACAUUGGCAGAGGGGGACACUUUCGAAAUCUCCAGUAGUACCAUGUGGAUUCAUGUCUGCAGCCUCGAUGUCGCGACCUUUGCCAAGGUGAGUGUGUCAGACACGAGCGCAGCCAUGGCGCAGAUAGGAUGCACGCCAGCACCGACGCUGGCGCCGACGCCAGCACCGACUCCAUCACCAACGCCAGUGCCGACGCAAGUUCCGACGCCAGCACCGACGCCAGCGCCCACGAUGGCACCAACGCCAGAACCGUCGCCAGCGCCGACGCCAGCACCGACGCCAGCACCGACGCCGUCACCGACUUCAGCGCCGACGCCAUCACCGACGCCAGCUCCGACGCAAGUACCCACGUCAGCACCCACGUCAGCGCCGACACCAGCACCAACCCAAGCGCCGACGCCAACACCGACGAUGGCACCGACGUCAGCGCCGACGCCAGCACCGACGCCAGCGCCAACGCCAGCACCGACGCCAGCGCCGACGCCAUCACCGACAUCAGCUCCGACGCCAUCACCGACGCCAGCUCCGACGCAAGUACCGACGCCAGCACCGACGCCAUCACCGACCGCCGACGCCAUCACCGACGCCAGCUCCGACGCAAGUACCCACGUCAGCACCCACGUCAGCGCCGACACCAGCACCAACCCAAGCGCCGACGCCAACACCGACGAUGGCACCGACGUCAGCGCCGACGCCAGCACCGACGCCAGCGCCAACGCCAGCACCGACGCCAGCGCCGACGCCAUCACCGACAUCAGCUCCGACGCCAUCACCGACGCCAGCUCCGACGCAAGUACCGACGCCAGCACCGACGCCAUCACCGACGCCAUCACCGACGCCUUUACCCACGUCAGCACCGACGUCAGCGCCGACACCAGCACCAACCCAAGCGCCGACGCCAGCACCGACGCCAGCGCCGACGCCAUCACCGACGCCAUCACCCGCCGACGUCAUCACCGACGCCAUCACCGACAGCAGCGCCGACGCCAGCACCGACGCCAGCACCAACGCAAGCGCCGACGUUGGCGCCGACGAUGGCACCGUCGUCAGCGCCGACGCCAGCACCGUCGCCAGCGCCGACGCCAUCACCGACGCCAGCUCCGACGCAAGUACCGACGACGGUACCGACGUCAGCGCCGACGCCAACACCAACCCAAGCGCCGACGUCAACACCGACGAUGGCACCGACGUCAGCGCCGACGCCAAUACCGACGUCAACGCCGACGUCAGCGCCGACACUAGCACCAACCCAAGCGCCGACGCCAAUACCGACGAUGGCACCGACUUCAACGCCGACGCCAGCACCGACGCCAGCGCCGACACCAGCAUCGACGCCAGCGCCGAUGCCAUCACCGACGCCAAUGCCGACGUCAACGCUGACGCCAGCACCGACGCUGGCGCUGACGCCAGUACCGACGACAGCACCGACGCCAGCGCCGACAUCAGCACCAACUAGAGCACCGACGCCAGCGCCGACGCCAACACCGAAUACACAACUGACAGUACCGAUAGCAACCCCGAAGUCUUCACCGUCACCAGCGCCGACUCCACAACCACUACUUCCAUCAGGCCCAGUCUCUGGCAUUGGUGACCCUCACCUCACCAACAUGUACGGCGAGCGAUAUGACCUCUACCAGACUGGCGUACAAGUACUCUUGCAGAUACCGCGUAAAAACUUUCUGGGGCCGCGGCGCACGCUGCUGCGCUUGGAGGCCGACGCCAGGCGCAUCGGUUCGGUGUGCUCUGACGUGUAUUUCCAGGUGGUCACAAUAUCUGGAUCGUGGACGAAUCGGAGUGGCGGAAUUCGGCUCUUCGCGAAGGAAUCGCAAGGCAUACCUAAUCAUAUGAAGUGGAGGCGAUUUGGCAAGAUCGAGCUAAAGGUCGCUAACGGGAAAACGCCAGAGGGCAUCGCAUAUCUCAACGUCUUCGCUAAAAACGUCAAGCGUGCGGGGUGCCCAGUCGGCGGCUUGCUCGGCGGUGACGACCACACUGAGGCCGCGACUCGGCCUUUGGAGUGCGCUCGCAGCCUGUCUUUGUAAUGGUUUCACACGUUUGGCGGUCCGCCCAGCCGUCUCGCAGCGGCGUGCUGCCUAGAAGUCUCGCUCUGCCGUCUCGUAGAGUGUUGAAAAGAUCAUCCGC